CGUCAGACGUACUUUUAGUUGCCAGUGACUAGUGAGUCAGUGACCGAUUUCUAACACACCAGUUCUCCGUUUGUCGAUAUUAAGAGAUGUUUUAAAAGUAGUACAUAUCAACUUUCCUCAUCACCGAGUACACAAUUUACGGUACCGUUCUUUCUGUUGUAAAAUGAUCACCAAAAAGCUAAAAUUGUGCUACGAUCAAAUCGAGGAUAAAGACGAAAUACGAGAGAUGAUGAUUGCAUCAGCUAAAUACGCCAACUGCUUGUCCGCUGUCAACGGAUCUGCCGUUGAGGUGGCGAUCCCUUCCAAACAAGUCAGGGUACGCAGGAGGCUCGACGAUUUGACGCCGGACGAAAAACUCAAAAGAAAGAAAUUGAAAAACAGAGAAGCUGCACAGACAUCAAGGGAUAAAAAGAAAGCGUAUGUUAACGAUCUGGAAACGACAGUCAAGACCUUGAGAAUUCAGAAUGAUUCUCUGAUGUCCCAAGUAUUAUUGCUAUUGAGUGAAAAAGAAGAACUGAUCAAGAAGGCAGAACGUUUGGAGAAGGAGCUGAAAAUGGCAAAAGAGGGGCGAGACAAUUCUGGGUCUGCCGUACCCGCGAUUCCUCUGCAGAAGGAAAAAACCUCACCCCUCCUUGUCCAGAAAACCGGCCUCCACUCCACGACGAUGACAGCAUGUUGGAUCUGGAUGACUUUUCUUGGCUUGAUGACCUCCCCAAUCCACCCGACCUCAAAGAGCUUGAAAAGAUUGCAGACUCUCUCAGCAAACAAGCUGAAGAAUUGGAGGACGAGAUGCCUGCGUCUCCGGCAGUGGUGGGGCCCGAACCAGAAAGCAUGGAAUCCGAUUGCAGCAGUACAAAUGAAACUUCUACUGAAGAAGAGCAUGUUUUGAUUAACGAUGAAGUUAUAUUUAUAACAUUACCAUACGACCAAGAGGAGAUUUAUAUUGAGGAUGUCGUAGAAGAAGUUGAAUCUUGUGAUGUGUCAAGCAUCACCUUACAUUCUGAUAAUUCACAAUCUGAGCCCCCAAAUGAUCACGAUGCAUAUUGCUGUUCCAUAAGCUCCUUGGAUUCAAGCUCUGACCCAGGCUACGAGUCCCUCGACUCACCCCCAAACGAGCAUUUACGGAGUUUAUUCCCUGAAUUAUAUUAAUUGACGAUUCUGUUUAAUAUUUUUACAAUUUUAUUCUUUACUUUCAUUUAAUGUAAUGUGUAACCUUCUCAUUGGAUUAAAUCGUAAUAAUUAGUGGGAUAUUUAAAUUCACUCAGUAGUUAUUUACAAUGUUAUAAACAUUCCUAUUAAUGAGUAUUAUAAUCUUCGCUUGAUCCAUGAGUUUUGCUGUUGUCAGUUGCGAUUUGUUACCAAUGUCAUGUCGCUGUUUUUCAUCUGAACAACGUCAAAGCCAAUGAUGAUCUGCUUCUGACAACAGUUCCUAUUACUAUUCAUUAGAGCGCUGACUUGUGUUGGAAGAAUGUGUGGGCCUUAGUUAAAAAACAAAUAUAAACAUAUGCAAACAGA